UAUUUUGUUGAAGGAUUCGUGAGGAGAUUCUAACGUGACAGUCCGUGCUGGUCAAAAUGUGAAUGAAAGUUAAAAUUAAAGCCAUUUAAACGUAAAAGGUCACAGUUAAGGCGCCGAAGAUAUGGUUUCACUGAGAUAUGGGGCUUGUUUCCUCUGCCAGAGGGCGGUGGUCGUGAAGAUAAUGAGCAGGGGAAUGAGUGCAGCGGCACACCCACAGCCCCAGGUGGAUUUCCUAAAAGGAGAACCACACAGGAAGCAUCCAGGUGUGACCAACCUGAAAACUCUGCGCCUACCUGACGAACUCCAGACAGCUGCACGGUCGAUUAUUCACAGAGCUCAGGUGAAUCAGCUGGCCGACCGCGCUCGUAGCCUCACAAACUUCCUGUGGAGCAGAAAAAGAGCCGUCGAGAAUUUGACGCUGCGGCAGAAAGCUGUGAGUAUGGAGAAAGAACUUUGGGAGAGAGCGAUGGAGAAGAGAGGAGAUAUGGAUGAACAAUUGCUGGAAGACCGCAUCAGGAAAAAAGUGUUUUCAGAGCUCAGAAAAACUACAUAUCACUGGACUCCCAUGAAGUAUGAUGAAGAGUUAUGUGUGGUUUACAUGGCGGCUCGGCUGGCUGGGGGCUAUGCAGCAGUGAGGAGAGCUAUAAAUGAGAUCAAGAAGAGGGAUCCCUCCUUUGCCCCUCAGUCUCUCCUGGAUUUUGGAUCGGGGUUGGGAACAGUUGCCUGGGCGUCACACUCGUGCUGGGGCGACACUUUGAAGGAGAUGGUGUGUGUGGACAGCUCUGGACCCAUGAACGUUCUGGCAGAACGACUUCUCAAAGGUGAUGACGAAAGAGCUGAACCUCACAUCAAACAAGUCUAUUUCAGACAGUUCCUCCCUGUCUCGCCUAAGGUGCAGUUUGACCUCGUGACAGCAGCCUUCACCCUGUCGGAGCUUCUAAAUGUGAAGGACCGAGAAGAGGCGGUGUUGACUCUGUGGAGAAAGACAAGCUCGUAUCUGGUUCUGGUGGAAAAUGGGACUAAAGAAGGCCAUCAGAUGCUUAUGGAGGCCAGAGACACUUUAUUAAAGAAACAAGAUAAGACUGUCCAUGACACCAGACCAGCGUCCGUGUUCGCUCCGUGUGCUCAUGAACAGUCAUGUCCUAAACUGUCAAAUGAGCCAACCACACCCUGCAACUUCCAACAGAUGUACCACCCUCUUCCUCUCCCCGGGCACAACGACCGGCACACGGAGAAGUUCAGCUACCUGAUCAUGACUCGGACACAACCAGCAGAGGCAGAAACAGAAGGUCUGGACUGGGCCCGGCUGAUCGCACCGGUGCAGCGCAGAACAAGACACGUCCACUGUCGGAUGUGCUGCCCUGAUGGACAACUACAACACGUGGUGGUGACGGCACGAAAACACAGCAGAGAUGUGUACCGCUGUGCCCGGAGCAGCGACUGGGGAGAUCAACUGCCGAUCAUUCAGAGAGCAGAUGACGACGUCCAGAGUGAUUCAGAGUGAUGAUUCAGCGACAAAGAGACAUUUUCUGUAGACUUUUGAAACAUCCUAAAUCUGAGAUGAGGCUGCAUACAGAGGACUCAUCGUUGUUUUUGAUGAACAGAACAUCUGCGUUUCCUCACUGGAUUUGUUAAAAUACUCACUAAUUUGUCUACCUCUGAUUACUCCAAUAAAAAGU